GUACCUUCAAGAUGAUAAAGAGGUGGAAUUCCGGCCUGGUUUGGAGCCGUCACGGUGCUCUUGUGACAGAAAAAUGACGUCUACGACUGGAGACACGUACUGGAAUGCCAUAAGAAAGCCCAGACUGAGAUCUGUGGCUUCUCGGAAUUCUGUUUCCUUUGUAACGAAUGGACUGAUGAGAAGGAUGAGUGGGAACGGCAUUGCCAAUGGCAUGUCGACAACCUUGCAACCUUCCCUGCGUGGAUUGAUCCUCUCAUGGACGAUGGUGUUCUAGCAGUGGCUGGAUUUUGCGAAUUCUGUCUUAUCGACUCGAGAUUACCAGCUUCCGACCGCAUGCGUCAAUUCACGUGGCGCCAUUCGUGGCAAGAUCAUUAUGAGAGACACUACAACGACGCUGGAUUCAUACCAAAGUGUCGCCAUCGAUCAUUCGACUCCAUAUUGGAGCUGAAAUUUCAUCUGCAUGACUGGCAUGGCGUUCAUAUACCGAAGCCCAAGCGGCAGAGAAAUGGACUCAAGCGCCAAAAAUGUGAGGAGUCAGAACCGUUGACGGAAGCCAACAAACGACAGAAGAUUGUCAAGGAGUGCAAGGUAGAAGGUGGUUUUCUCAACAGCACAGUCGACUCGAUCGCCUUGGGUCUGGCUGAUCAGCACUCCUGGUCGGAACCAUGGCGAACUUCCUAUCCGUCUGCGCAGAAGCUCAACUCGUUGCGUGAAGCUCCGGACACAUGUCCGGACAAUCUGGACGCUCACGCAGCCGGAUCUGAUGCCGUCUCCACCCCAUGUCACUCCAGCCACGACGUGUCGAAAGCUGAGAACGCUGAGCUGGAGUCAUUAUGUCAGGUCAAUGCGAUAAGAAAAUGUAUUCCAAGCUUCAAGAACGAUUUUAUCGACAUUGACGAUGUAUUCAAUACUUCACCGUUCGAUCAUACACUGCCGUCAAUUUUGGAUGAUAUCAAAGAAGAAGAACUUGAGACUAUAGAUCUAACAGGUACAGGUGACGAAGGAGCGGACGGAGCUCUGGAAGCUUUCUGGACCGAUUCCGGUUACGCCUCGCCUGGCAGUUCUGCCUCCUGCAGCCAUGCUAUGAUUGAUGGCGACGACAAUGACAACAAGGUGGAUGAAAAGAACCGCCUUACAGAUCGUGGAGUGGUCUGUCGAGCGGAAGUACAGGGCAUAUGCCAGAGCGACCUGCCUACCAUUGAUCCGAUAUUGUUGGACAUUACUGAUGGUGGCCUGAGAGAUACGGAGAUGACACACACAGCACAAAAUCUGGGUGUCCCCUUCAAGCAGCCAGCAAUGGAGACGCAGUCCGAAGAUGAAGAGUAUAAUCGCCCGACUGAUGCCGUCAUUAGCCAUAAGCUCGUUGAAACGGAGCUGCAUCACGAUGUGAAAGCCACUGAGAUUGGCAACACCCACUUGGCGCCGUCGGGCUUUGGUGCGAUGUCAAAUAGCUAGGAUGAAUACGAAGUUGAAGCUAUCAUUGGCCAUGAUACGGUCAAGGGCACCUCACUCUACAGAGUAAAGUGGCAGGGAUGGCCAACUUCAGCCAACACCUGGGAACCCAUUGACAACCU